AUGAAUGACACAGCCCUUCAUCAAUUAAAAAAGACAUGGGAAUUUGAAUAUAAAAUUAUGGAGAAGUUAAUUAAGAAGCUUCAUAACUAAUUAAGAGCAUAAAAAGAGUUGAGAAUUUUGCAAGAAAUGAUGAGAAAAUGUAAGUAAGUCUUGAGAGAUUUAGGAGACUUAAUUAAGGAAGAAAACAGAGAAAAAAGAGUCUAAAAUCUCAAAUAAUUUUUUAAACUUUGUACAAAAACAAUGGAGACAUGCCAAAAAUUUGGAUAAUAUUGCUAUUAAUAUAUUGAAAGGAAAUUUUUGUUGGAAUUUUCUUCUAUUUCUUUCGCUUGCUCAAGCAGAUUCUAUUAUUUAUUAAAAGAGAUCCAUCCUUUCUUAAACAAAAUUUUCAAAAGAGAGAAAGCUUUGUUGUAAUCGGAAGAGAUUAAGGAAUAAUAAAAAUAAAAUAACACAAUAGUAAUACAUUGA